AUGCGCGCGACUGCCCAAGUACGCACGCUCCGCUGGAGCCUGGGGUGGCCGGGCAGUCUCGGCCGAGACGUGUUUGCUGCGCUUCGGUGCACACAGGCACUGCGGUGCCAACCUCCUGGUUCCGCCCUCCCCCGGCAGGCGCCCACGCGUGUCCUCGGCCGCCCACAGGCCUUCGACUCUUCCUGGACUCCAGGUCCCAGGCCACCCCGCUCCACCCUGCGGAUGAUGAAGACAAAGUCCCCCGCAAGUCCCUCAUGUGGGGCAAGGGAGGUACCACCUGGGGCCGGGCCUGGCUCCCCACUGAGCAGAGGUGUUGGCCAAGGCGCUCCCCCUAGUGAGACAAGGUUUUGCCAUGUUGCCCAGGCUUUUCUCAAACUCCUGAGCUCAAGCAAUCCGCCCACCUCAGCUUCCCAAAGCACUGGGAUUAUAGACAUGAGCCACCACACCCAGCCCCAGGUGGCAAGUCUUUCUGAUAGGCACUGCUCCAAAGUGAAUCACACUGUGCUAAGCCCCCACAAAGGAGUGCCUUUGCAGCUUACAGCUGCACAUGCAUCAUCUCAGGAGGUCCUUGCAACAGUCCCCUUUCACGGGUAAAGAAACUGAGGCCUCUACUCAACAUCACAGAACAAGCUAAUGCCAGACUAAAACCUCUGGCCUCCAAACCCCAUGCCCUUUCCUUUUGUAAACUACACAGACUGUCAGGGCAAAUGUCCACUGAAUAAAAGAAUGAGAUGAUGAAUGGAUGGAAAUUAACCAAAAAGGUCAUCGACACACUUUCAACAGAUCCAUCAACAUGCACUCAGAGAAGCUGAGACAGGUCUAACCUUUAAAGGCCGAUGUCAAGGAUGGGGAGCAACAGGAUGGUACUCCGUCUGACCCAGUGGGGUCACUCCCCUGAGCCUAUGUGUGUUUGGAGUGGACGAGAAUGGGAGAGAGAUUAGAAAAACAGCAGCAUCGUGUGAAUUACAGAUGCACAGGAAAGACUUACAGCCUGUCUAGACAAAUUCACUCAUGUUACAGAUGAGGAAACUGAGGCUCAGAAAGAGGAAGGGACUUGCCCAAGGCCACACAGCAAAUGAAUGGCAAAGUUGAGACCAAAAAAAUGGACAUUGUGACUCUGAGUCAAGUGAGAAACAGAGAGACUGAUGGAGAAGAGAGUGUGUGUGUGUAUAUGUGUGUGUGUGUGUGUGUGUUUAUGUGCAUGCUGCGUGCACUCACUCAGGGGGCCAGGGUCCUGAAUUCAGAAAUACUACCACCAAGAAGGCAUUAUGCCUACCCUACCCAGGCAGUGGGGCUGGAGCCAGGGCCCAGGGCGCGGAGGGGAUGGUAAGCCUCCAACCCCACCUUCUCCAAGCAGGGGCUGGUGGUCUGGCACGGGCCAAGCGUACCUGGCCAUCCACAAUGCCUGCCUCCACCAGGGUGAUCUCUGGCUGGGUAGCAGCUCUCAGCCCUCUUGGCUGCCUAGCUUCCAGAGGCGAGACUCUUGCUGCAUUCCCAGAAGCUUCUUCAACUCCGACUCCAGGAAACCUGAGAGCCAGAGAAAUGGCAGGGGACAGGGAGAUGGCAGAGGACAGGCAGAAGUAGGGUGGAGCAGCCUGCUGGGAACCCAAGGACCCGGAAGUGCAACCGCCCCCUGAGCCUCAUCCCAGCUCUGUGUGAUUCCUGCUCACCCUCAGUCACAGCCCUUUCUUAUUCCAGGAGUGGAGCCAGCCAGGCAUCACCCCUCCUUCGCCCUGCCUUCCCCAGGAAGCUCACUUUGAGGGCCUCCUCCGGCAGCGGCAGCAUGAGAGCCUGCGUCUUCACCCACUGGGGACAGCAUGUGAGGAGCAGGUAUCUGCCCCCACCACCAACUGACUCAAGAGCCUGGAUCUGGAACCCAAACUGCCUGCACUCAAAUUCCAGCUCUGCCCAUCACUAGCUGUGUGACAUCGGACAAGUUCUCACUGUGAACUGGAGGUGGCAAUAGGACCUACCUCAGAGUCGUAAUGCAGUAUUUCAUGAAAAGUGCUUAAAGAGGGUCUGCCCCAUUAAUGGCUAUGUAAAUGUGAACCACGAUUUUCAUCAUAUUAUGUAUGCUAUCACCGCU